CGCGUUUCCAUGGUAACGGGCAAGUGAUGCUUUUAAAAACAUUGAAAAUCAUUGCAGUUUGCUGGACAUUUUUUUUUCCUUACAAUCCACUUCGAAAAAAGGAAUUUUUCACAAUAUCUCAAGAAUUUUUUUUUGUAUUUUUUUUUCCAUUCUUCUUCAAUAAUUAACGGGGAGAAAAAUGUCUGAGGAAUAUCCUAGUUUAGAAAAUACAAGAGAAUUAGCGUUACGAUUAUCAUUGGAAGAGGAAAAUAAAAGGAAAAAUGAUGGAAUUGAAACACACGAACGAUCAAUUAUUCUUCUUGGUAGUCAAGGAGUCGGCAAAACAACAAUGAUUUAUCGAUUUUUGGAUAAAGACGAUACGCCAAAAUCAACAAUUGCCAUGGAUUAUUCUUUUGGAAGGAAAGCGGGAAAAAGUUUGAUAAAAGACGUGAUUCACGUUUGGGAAGUGGGUCAUUUAUCAUCGUCAUUAAUAUCGGCGGCAAUGAUUGGAUCAACGUUAAUUCAUUCUCCACAUCAUGUGACAAUUAUGAUAAUGUUAGAUUUAUCAAAACCCGAAAUGAUUUGGUCCUCAUUGGAGGAAAGUCUUUCUGUUGUACGAAGUGCAAUGAAAAUGAGUUACAAUGAAAAAUUAAUUGAAUCAAUGAAUAAUCGACGAAUUAGAGAAAAACGAAAGGACACAGAAAAAAGUGUCGAUCCAUUUCCAAUGAGACUUUGUAUUAUUGGUGGGAAAUACGAUGAAUUUAAAGAAUUUGAUUCGACGAAAAAAGGAUUAAUUGGUCGAAUUUUGAGAGCCACGGCUCACGCUCUCGGUGCAACACUUCAUUUUCAUUCAUCAAAAGAUUCUGCACUCGUUCGAAGGACAAAAGAUUUAUUGUCCUUUUAUGGAUUUGGUUCUCAAACAUUAAAAGGAAAUUGUGCCGAUUACGAGAAGCCAUUAACAAUUAUUGGUGGUACAGAUUCUUUUAUGGCAAUUGAACUCGAUCUUCCGGGACGAUUAUUGAAUCUUGAGAAAAUAAAGCAAAUUUUUAUAAGUCGUAUACCCCAGGGUACGAGGGAGGAAAUAAAAUUAGAUGAUCCUGCCAAUCAUCCAAGUUUUAGUGAGCCAAUAAUUGAUCGACUCAAAAAUCAACGAGAAGAGGAAAUUAGUUUUCUUCUAAACGAAAUGCUAGAAGGAAGAUCGACAAAAAUUCCAGUACCAGAUCCAAUUUAAAAUUUUCUUUUUUGAAUUUUCCCGCCAAUAUUUAAAAGAAAAAAAUUUUUCUACAACUUUCAAAUAUAUUUAUUAACAAUAAUUAGAAAAUAUUUAUUAUCAAUAAAAAAAUAAUUUUUGAAUUAUUAAA